CCCAGCGCGUCGAACAGCGAUUCGCGAAAUGCGGCCCCGGGCGAGAGUCGCGCAUUCGAUCGUUCAUGAGAGGAAGGAGAAUGGCCACGUUUGCUUCUUUUCCGUUCAGAGGUGGUUUGAGAUCCAUGGCGAUGAUGUCGCUUGCGAUGGUGCUGACGGUGUUGUUGGCCUUCGUCGGUCUCGUUGGUUCGCGAUCGGUGCUUGGAUUUGGAAGAUUUGAACCGAAAUUUCCCAUUCACUGUACCGGAAUCAUCGUGUCUACGAUCUUCGGUAUCGCCUUGCCGUAGAUCUGCGCCAUCGCUGGCAGGGUGAUUCUUUGAUGUUGCAUCCAUCCUUCAGUCAACAACACUCAAAGCCUUGGACAGAGCCAUGUGGAACCACAAAGACGCUUCAGAUCAGUUUAGCGUAAGGCAAUCCACCUCACGCAGAUUCUCUCCGUCAUCAUCCAACACCCCCCCCCGGCGGUUCCCCCACACGCCCGCAAACAUGGCUCUUGUUUCGUAUUCCGAUUCAGAAGCGUCCGAUUCAGAAGUCGAAUGCGGGUCUCAAUCUCAAAACACAAAUAAGAUUGCCCCGGCUCCAUCGGAUCCGCAGAAACCAGCCCCCGGUGCAGCUGGAUUUCAAACCAUCGUUGAUCGCAGCAACCCACGCAAAAUCCGCGUCGCGCUUCCCCAAAUUAAACCAGACCCCUCAUCAGAAGGAGCCCAGGAAGAUGAAGAUGGACCGUCUCGAAAGAGACCUCGGAUAGGUGGUGGACUUUUCAGCGGGUUCAAUUCUUUGCUUCCUGCCCCUAAGAAAGCCAACACAACUGCAGAUAAGGCCAAGGGCGCGGCUGGACCGACGCGCAAAGUCUUCAGUCUGAAAACAGGAGCGACACCCGGAUUUGAUCGAGAAGCCGAUGCCGAGAUGCGAUUUAGCCAAACCGCGCUUGACCCGACUCCUGAUCGUGAGGAAGCUGCAGCUGCAUCUACGAGCGAAACCGCAGCGUCUGCUGAGCCUGAAGCGCCAAAGGAAGAGGUCAAGCUAAAAGGCAAUCCGAUGAUGUUCAAGCCCCUCUCUGUCGCUCGGAAUUCGAAAAAGAAGAAGUCAACUAGAGUGAUUCCAGCCUCCGCAGUGACAUCAGAGACAGUGGUUCAAAAUCAGAUUUCACAGCCGGCGAAGGAGGGACAAACCUUGCAGUCGCAAUCCCAAACCCUUCUAGCACCAUCUGUCACGCCAAAACCCAAAGUUAGUCUGUUCUCCUUGUCGACUGACGAGGAUAGGACGGGAUCAAACACGAACGCCGCAGAGAAAGCAUCAGCGUAUGAACCAAUGGUGUAUACCAGCAAUCGUGAAGAUCCCGCAGCGGGACCUCAGCCGGAAGUUGAGGCAUCUUCCGUAUCAUCGAUCACUGCCGGCUCAUCAAACCAGGCUCCAACGUUGGACAAUAUCGCAAAUGAUUUGAAUUUGUCCCGUUCGCAGAGGCGCCAGCUGUUUGGACGACAGGCAGCUUCAGCGUCUCGUAUUCUCACCUUCAACACGGACGCAGAGUACGCGGCCAACCAAGCAAUGGCCCAUGAGACCGAUCUCGCAGCGGUUCAACAUAACCCUGUUCGGGCAAUUGCUCCCGGAAAGCAUAGCUUGCAGCAGCUGGUGAAUGCAGCCAACAGCCAACGAGACGCCUUAGAGGAAAGCUUUGCCACGGGACGAAGAAAUAAGAAAGAGGCUGGAUCAAAGUACGGGUGGUGAUUCGGUUUGGAAUAGUUGUAUGAUCAUGCCUGCUUUCUGGUCAUUCUCUAAUUAUAUUUGAUACCAUUCUUUGUAACUAUAAUAAGCAAUAAGCAGACUUAAACACUUAAUCUCUUUAUAUUAUAGCUGUAUGUACAACUAGAAGAAAAUAAAAAAAAAUCUAUAACCAUAUGUAAAGUUUAAUAAUCCAGAACACCAUUCCCAUACAUAAUGACUUUUUUAAGAUGAGACAUCCACAACUUCAGCAAACCAUUGCUUCAACGCCGUGGC